CUUACGGCAACCAUAAAACAGCUUUCAAAUGUAUGGUGUGUAGCGCGGGUGUCCUGAGGUAUGAAAUUUAAUUUACGUUAAAUAUUUUGGAAUUUUAUUCUGUUUUACCAAGAAAUUUCAGUCUCUGGAUAGUUCAUUCUCUGUUAUUUAAGUACAUCUUGACCAUUCUAUCUUCCGUUUCUAUUAGUGAUGGCAGAGGAAAAAGGGGACGCAGAAGAUCAAAAAUCGACAGCUGACGACAAGAAGAAUGCCCAUGAAACGGAAACCAAUUCUUCACAAAGUUCCCCUCGAGGGCGACGUUCAUCAGUCUCUGGAAAGGCAAAGCCUGGUCUAUGUAGAGUUCGACUUCUAGAUGGCACAGACUAUGAAAUAGAAAUUGAUAGACGUUCUAAAGGGGGAGAACUUUUUGACAAAAUUUGUGAAUAUUUAAAUAUAAUGGAGAAAGAUUAUUUUGGUCUGACUUAUCGUGAUCAUGAAGAUGCUAGGAAUUGGAUUAAUUUUGACAAAAGAAUUGGCAAGCAAAUGAAAAAUUUACCAUGGGUUUUCAAUUUUGAAGUAAAAUUUUAUCCUCCUGACCCCGCUCAAUUACAAGAAGAUAUUACCAGGUACCAAUUGUGCCUACAAAUAAGAAAUGAUAUUCUUUGUGGGAAAUUGCCAUGCUCAUUUGUUACCCUUGCCCUUCUGGGAUCCUAUCUGGUGCAGUCAGAAUUGGGCGAUUAUGAUCCAGAUGAGCAUGGCAAUAACUAUUUGUCUGAAUUUCGAUUUGCUCCUAAUCAAACUCCAGAGCUAGAAGAAAAAGUUGUGGAGCUCCAUAAACAACACAAGGGCCAAACACCAGCAGAAGCUGAACUUCAUUUCUUAGAAAAUGCUAAGAAAUUGGCUAUGUAUGGUGUUGAUUUGCAUCAAGCAAAAGAUUCUGAAGGGAUCGACAUUAUGCUUGGAGUUUGUUCGUCCGGCCUUUUAGUUUACAGGGACCGAUUACGUAUCAAUAGGUUUGCAUGGCCAAAGAUCCUGAAAAUCUCUUAUAAAAGGAAUAACUUUUAUAUAAAGAUUCGUCCUGGUGAGUUUGAUCAGUUCGAAAGUACAAUUGGAUUUAAGUUGCACAACCAUAAGGCAGCUAAGCGGUUAUGGAAGGUUUGUGUUGAACAUCAUACAUUUUUUAGGUUGAUGUCACCAGAAGCUCCUCCAAAACCCAAACUGUUUUUGCCGCGAUUUGGAUCCAAAUUCCGUUACUCAGGUCGAACUCAGUAUCAAACAAGGCAAGCGAGUGCAAUGAUUGAUCGUCCCCCUCCUCAUUUCGAACGAACAUUAAGCAAUAAACGUUUCACUAGGAGCAUGGAUGGUGCCCCAGGCUACUCUAGAGAGCGCCCCUCUCCAACACAAAGACCAGACGAAAGCAAGCGCCACACUCUUUCAGGUCCACCCAGUCGAGGCUAUCCUAGUGACGAGAAGGUCAAUGAGCAGUCCACAUCGGUCACAACCACUCCAGAAGAGGUGUCCAGAUCUGAAAAACUGAAGGAAGUUGAAGUAGAGAAGAAAAAAGAAAGCAAAAAACCAAUUGGUGGUGUUGCUGUUAUGUUACCUGUAGACUUACCUAAAGCCAGAGGGAAAUCUCCAAUACCUCCAGAAGUUCCUGAAAAGCCUGAUGUAAAAAUUUUAUCUCAGGAACCAGUAAGGAGAGCAACUGAAGAGACCAACAAACAAGUUCCAGCAUCUCCAACAGCUAAAAAUAUUCCAUCAGAGACCAAACAAGGUGAAAUAACUGUAACUCCAAGAGAUCGUACAGGACAAGGUGAUGCUCAGCGACCAACAUCCUUAUUCACAGGGAAACCAACUCCAUAUACAAAGGAAUAUGUGUAUGAAGUCAGCUCUAGCGACCAGAAAGCACCUUUCAGUCCUGCUGAACAUGGUUUUUCCUAUGAAGGGCAAAAGACAGGAAAUAUUUCUCCUAGUCUAGGUGAAAUGGCAAAACUUGAUACUUCUCCAGGUAGCAAGCGAGCCAAAGGACUUGCUUUUACUUAUGCUCCACCAGAAGGCGAUGUUGAUACUUCACAGAGUGAAGUUAUCAUCCCACCACAGGUUCUUACUGAUGAUAAUCGCAUUCAAGACAUUUCAUCUGAGUGGAAUGAUACAACAAUAGAUGAAUCUCUUAAAUGGGAUGAUUCUAAAGAGGAAGAAAUGAUUAAAAAUAAAGAAAAUUUAGACAUUAUGGCUAAGAAUGAGCAAGAACAGAAGUCAAAGUUGGGUCUUUCUGUUUUCAGAAAAAGUUUUGAAAAAGAUAAAAAAGGUAAGAAGAAAGAGGAAGAAAAGAAAAAAGACAAAAAGAAGGAGGAGAAGAAUAAAAAAAAUGACAAAGAGGAUAAAGAGAAAAAAGACAAAUCUAAUAAAACUGGAAAGGCAUCAGUUGAAAGUACUCCCAGCAAGAGAGAUUCAGCUAUUGAAACCGACUUGCAGGUUGAUGAAAUAGUAGUUGAAAAUGUGAAAGAAACGCCUAAAAAAGAAGAAGUUGCUGAGAAAAGCCCAGUGUCUGAUGAAGAGGAGAAAGCUGUUAAAGAUGAGGCUGAGAAAGAAAAGAAAUUAAGGCUAUCGUUCAGUAAAAAGAGCAAACCGAAGGCAGCUGAUGUUGAAGCACAGGAUAAAGGGAAAAAAGAAGAUCCUAAAAAGCUGAAAGAAAAUGAAAAAAAGCAGAAAGAAAAGGAAGCAAAAGAGGAAGAAGCUAAGAGAAAGCAAAAAGAAAAGGAAGAGAAAGAAGAAGCAAAGAGGAAAGCAAAGGAAGAAAAGAAAUUAAAGGAAAAGGAAGCUAAAGAAAGGCGAGAAAAAGAAAAAUUGGAAAAGAUGAAAAAGAAAUCUGAAACCAAGUUAGAUAAAAAAGGUAAAGCAUCAUCGCCUGAGAAAAAUAAUAAAACAGAAGAAAAAGAAGGUGAAGAUGCAGCGGAAGAGAGUAAAAUCGAGGAAGAAAAUGCUGAAAAUAAAGAUAAAGACAAAAGCAAAAGUAAAGAAAGUCUACAAAAAGAACCUAAAUCAAAGAAAUCAAAACUUUCAUUGUCAAAAAUUGUUAAGAAAAAAUCUAAAAAGGAUCAUGACAGUUCAGAUUCUUCUAGUAGCUCAUCUGAAGAGAUGUUGAAAGAGUAUGGAAACAUUUCAGACAAUGAAAAUAUAGCUGGAACUGGUGGUAUAGUUACAUCAACGCCAAAUCGAUCUUUGCGUGGCAAUGUUGAAUCAUCAUUUCCAGCUGAAAGCUCUAAGGAUGUCUCCUUCAGUUCUGAAACUGCAGUCUUAGAGCUUGAUAAUUCUCCUUAUUCUAGCCCACGUAAUAAACAGAAACCUGGAGUUAAAGAUGAAGGCAAGCCACCACAAAUGCUGAAAGAGGCUGAGAUAUUAAAGGGACCAAUCUUAGUGACUGAAUCUUCAACAACUGCUGCUAGUUCUGUGACUACAUCAACUAGUAAACACAUAUCUGGAACAGAAGUAACAACAUCGCCUGAUAAAAAUGUUAUUUCUACUAAGACUUCAAAAACUAACUUGAAUCAAGAGAAGACUGUCACCCAACAAGUCACCAAGAGUUCAAGAAUAAUGACUGGUACAUUAGAAGAUGUCCAGUCUGCUAUUGUGAAGACUGAAGCAAUCAAAUAUGAUCCCAGCACUCUGACAAAUGCUCAGCACAGUACGACUUCUGUCCCUCUGGUUGCAACAGAGACUAGGAAAGUCAAUUACCCUGUGCCUCCUCCUCCACAGUUUGAAUCUGAAGGAGUCAUUCUACCUUUGUCUGAAGAUGGAGAAAUUGUUAGCUCCUCAACAGUUUCUAGCAAAACUAAGACUGUUGAGACUAUUACUUAUAAAAUGGAACGCGAUGGAGUCGUGGAGACUCGAGUAGAACAGAAAAUCACAAUACAAAGCGAUGGAGAUCCCAUAGAUCAUGACCGAGCCCUUGCUGAGGCUAUACAAGAGGCCACCAUGAUGAAUCCUGACAUGACAGUAGAAAAGAUAGAAAUUCAACAACAAUCCAGCUCGCAAUGAUUUUUAGAUUGCUAUGCACAAUUGUCGCAAGGACAGCUGCUUUGCUACAUAUUGGAGUUGCAGAGCGUACUCUCAUCGACAGUUCUCAUAAAACAGACUGAGUUGGAUGUAAUAUUUGAUGCAAAAUGGCUUACUGUGAUUGGGGAUAUAUUUGUGUGUCAUUUCCUUUUGUAUAUAGACUUUUCCUUCGUCUCCAGAGUGACAUGGACAGUGUUGAAAAUAAACUUACAUCUAGGCCUUUGACUUGCAAUGCAAGUCACUAGACAAGCAACCAAAACUGCCAAUCCUUUUGUAUGGAAUCAUGUUUAAUUAUGACUUAUAUGUUUUUAAAUUGUAAAGACAUGAAAGAGAACAACUAAAGCUUUGGGUUUAUCGAAGCUUCAGAUGAUGUUAACGUUGUUCUGUCUCUUGAAUUUAAGUGGCUCAAUUUCUCUAAUCAAAAAAUAGUUUUGAAACAUUUUUGUAAAAUUAUAACUUGACUGAUUUAGUUUAUUUGAAAUUUUAAGGUGGUUUAAUUUUCAAAUUAAAAGGAUUGUAGAUUUGUUUGCUUGCUAUAGCUUUUAUGAAUGAACAUUCAACUGAAAUGGUGGACGAUUUUUUAUUUGCUGAAGGCAUAUUUAGUAUGCAUUGUACAAUGAGUUUUUAUCCUAAUUUGGGUUUUUAGCUCUUUUUGUUGCUAUCUUCUUAAAAUUUAUAAAAAUUAGAAGAAAAAUCGUGAUUUUUUUUUAAUCGAGCUUAGUAAUUUUAGUUUAAAAAUAUAUCUAAUUUUCAUACAAAUUUUAUAAUUGUGUGAUCUCAUUUUGAAACAAAAGGUGUGGAAAUAUUACAUUCUUUCUCUUUUCUUUUAUAAAUUUUCAUUUUUUUUUUUCUCUCGAUGUAUUUUUCUUGGUAACUAAACUCUCCUGAGGAAAAGAGCUUGGCAAAAGAUUGCUGCAUUUCCACAUCAAAAUGUACUGCCUUAUCCAAAAAGUCAAAUCAGUAUAUAAAUGAAGGUUAUGUAAUGUUAAUAGAAAAAGGCUUAUAGUAUGCAUUUUAUGCUCCUACAUAUGCCUUCUUUCUCCUACAUAUGUCUUUAAUUUUAGUGAAAUCAUUCCUCUGAAUGUUCCCACUCAUUUAUGGUACAGUUCCCUGAAAUAAUAAAUUUCUUGCUUGUGAAUAUCAGUUAAAACAAUCAUUUUAAGGAUUGCAGCCUGUUAUAAUGUGAAACAUAACCUAUUUCUUGUUGGUCUUGAACUUUGCUGGCAUUAUGGUUUCAUUUAUUAUUAGAAAGGCAGCUUUUGGAUUUUUUUUUUUUUUUUUUUUUUUUUUCAAUUCAUUUAGGUUGGCAUUUUAAUGUAUAAAUGACUUACGGUGUUGCUCAUUUUAUUCAUUGGGUCUGUAUACGUUUGUAUCCCACUUGCUGUGCUGCUUUAACUACAACCUUGCUAUUGUUACCUUCCAUAAUCUGCAUAGAUACAGAAUAAUUUAUACUGUUUGUAAAGUUUUAAUUAUCCUUUUAUAUUUAUAAUAGAUCUGCACUCAAAUGAUCUCCUGCUACUAGUAGUUAACUGUUAGAUACAUUAAAUGAUUGUUAUUUUUUGAUGUUGAGGACUACUGAAUGAAAGUCAUAUGAAGCAAAAAAAAAAAAAAAAAAGUCUCGGAAAGUAUAUCUUAGAUUCAUAGUUGUAGUCCUGUUGCAGUCUUCUGAAGGAAAGUUUUAAACUUUUCUUUUUCCUUUUAAAAACGCUCCUUGGAACUGAAUUUAACUUAUGCAUUUACUUUUACUAUUCCAUUUUAUAUUAGGUGGCUGUCUUUAAAUUUUCAAGUGUUCAUCUGCAUGGUAUUGGUAACUAGCAUUAGUUUAUCAUUUUCCUGUUGUGUUUCAGUUUGAAGACUUGAUUUUGUAAGAAAAUGGCAAAUGGUAUCAGAUUGAGAUAACUAGAAAUUUUAGUCUCACCUGUGCCUAUAAUCGAUUUGAAUUCAUCUAUGGGGAAAGAGUUGUUUCUAUGCUAAAGUAUCCUUCUUUGGGAGAGAGUGUAUAGAAAAGAUAUGUUGAAAACAAUUGAAAUUGUUAAAUUUGCCUCUCAGAUUGAGUGUAUAACAAAAUAAUAUAUACUUAUAUAAAUCUAUAGAAUCUAUAUAUUAUAUAUAUAUAAGUGUUGUCAAAAAUUAUUUUAAAUGCUAAAGAUUUUUUUGUUGUAAUAUUUACUUAGUUUGGGGUAUGUCCAUAAACAUAGUGCCUUUUCCUUAUUUUUUGUUUUAUAAAUUUUUUAAUUUACAUUUUUACACUUUAUUUUGUAAAGCUUUUUGCAUGGUGGUGAUAUGAUUAGAAUUGAUGUUUUGUAUUUUGUUUUUUUUUAAAUUGUAAUCUUUGUUAGAAAUGAUGAUUUAUAUGAAGUAUUGUUUGACAGAUUUAAUUUUUUUAUGUACUUUAAGAAUUUUAUGUUAAAAUAUAACAGCUUUAAAAAAUAUAUAUAUUUAGGGGAUUUGUUUUCAACGAUUUCUGUCAACAAUCCUGAACCCCCUAAUUGUACAAAAGGCAGCCUAAUAAGACUGAAAAAUUGCUCAGUGAAUAAAUAGAUAAUAAUUUUAGUCAUCAUUGAAUAAUAACUUAAUGUGUGUGAUAUGUAAGAUGUUUUAUAGUCUACAUGUUCUAUUGAGAUUUAGGUGUUUUGAGCAGCUUUUGAAAUUCAGUUUGUAUAUUCUGUUUUGUUGAAUCAUAAUAUUUUUUUAUUUUACUGAGUCUCACAAUUGAAAUGCCCAGGACAUGCUGCUACACAUUUUUUAUGCACAUAGAAUCAUUAAAAGGUCAUUCUUUCAGAAAAACUGGUCUUAUAUUCCUUUAAAGAAAGAUUAAGUCUACAUAUGUUAUAGAUUUUAGUACAAUAUCUUAUUGUUAAAAACUAAUAAUAAAAGCUUAUCAUGUGUGAAUUCAUGAAUAUAAUUUACUUUCAUUUCAUUUGAAAACUUCAAGGGGAAUAAAAGCAUUUCAUACAUAGUAAUUUUUUUUUUUACCUUGGCUAUUUUAGUAUACAAGUCUAUUUUUAUUAUUAUAUUGACAUUUGAAAUAAUAAUAUAAUGGGCUGAUUUAAAAUAUUUGAAAAGGCACAUUUACAUUAUAUUGACUUCUGAUUUAUCUUUGAAUUAUUACAUAAAGUAUUAGUGCAAUUAAGAUUUUAUAUAUAUAAAACAAGUGUUACUAUAUAAAUAUUGAAUAUAUUAAAUUGCAUAAGUUACAUAUGUAAAAAUUUAUUUGUAGUGUUCGACGUAACACCUAUUUUGGCUAUGAGAAGGAAAAAAAAUUACGUGAAUACAUUAAUCUUGAUAUUAUCCUAUUGACUUGACUUAUAUUUGAAAUAAAAUAAGAGAUCUGCAUUGCAA